AUGUCGGACUCCACGCCUGCAGCACCAAACAGUGGGCCCGGCCUCACGUUCUCAGCGGCCAGGCUGGAGGAGGUCUACCUAGUGUACACCAGCGAGAAGAACCGGGGCCUGACGCUGCGCCUGCACUUCAUGCUCAUCGCCGCUUGGGCGGUGGGAGCGCUCAAGACGCUGACGCAGUGCGCCUACGCCUUCCAGCACGGCGAAGCCAAGGUGCUGCCGCAGUACCUCUUCCUGCUGGCCGCCCAGCUGAUCAACCUGGAGCAGGCCAAGGCGUGGCUGCACAUCCUGCUGGACAUUGCGGUCAUGGUGUGCGUCAUGCUGUCAGACCCCUCGCUGCCCCACGCCCCCGCGCCCCUGCCCACCCUCAUCGUCACCUCCUUCCUCGGAGUGCUCGACAUGAUCCGGCUGGAGACGCUGCUGCGCCUGCAGGCCAUCAAGUGGCUCUGCUUCCUGUUCCUAGAGGCCGACUACUUCAUGCGUGCGCCGGGCCACGGGGCGGCCAAGGUUGGGCUGGACAUGGCCGGCGCGCUGGUGUUUGGCACGCUGCUGCCCUUCAGCUUUGCAGCGGUGUCCGAGGCCUCGCAUCGCGUAGCAUUCCUGCGAGACUGCAAGCGCCCGCUGACCAACCUGGGACCCUUCUGGUCGGCAUGCAGCACAGAACGCUCUUAUGAUGCCGUCCGCAACGAUCGAUUCGUCCACUGUUGGUUGGAGGGGGAGGGGCAGAGCUCCAUGCUCGCAUCCACUGCUCGCUUCAGGCGAGGGCGAUCCCUCCUUGGGCGGGUGCAGAACGCCAUCAGGGCGUUCAGCGAUGCAUCCGAUGCCGAGCGCGCGAGAUCGGACACCGAGCCGCCAAUGGUUUUCGCUCGGAAGAGCGGCGACAGCCGGGAGCUGCGCUAUUUUGUGCUAAAGGGCAAGGCCAACCCGGCGCUUGCCAUGCUGGAGAGCUCUGUGCGGGGCACGCACGUGCUGGGCGGGCCCGAGGGCCGCCGCUACAAGGUCCCGCCGCCCAACGUCUGCAACAGCGUGCUGGCGCGGGCGGCGGAGGACGCUAGCCUUGCCAGCAAGGUGGCGGAAAUUGCAGAGGCGCUACUGCAGAAGGGCGUGCCGCUGGAGGCGCAUACCCUCAAGGCGCUAUUUGGCAGCCUGGCCAGGGCAGACGCGCUGCCCGAGGCGCUGCCGGUGCUGGACGCCUGGCUGCAGCAGCAGGAGGUGGCUCUGGAGGAGGAUGCCAACACGCAGGCGCCCCUGCAGGUCAUGACGCAGCUCAUGGACACGGCGGUGCGGGCCGAGAACACCCACCUGCUGGUGCAGGUGCUGGCUCGCAUGGCCAGGAUAGGCGUCACGCCCUCGCCACAGAGCCUCACCACGCUGCUGCAGUGCUUCAUGCGGCUGGGGCACGUCAACGUGGCGCACAGCGUCCUCGACUGGAUGCGGCGCAACAACCUGGAGCCAAACGUUUACAGCUACACAGCCCUGCUGGCGCUGCCCCGCCACAUCAGCGAGUCGGCGGCGCCACGCCUGCUGGAGCAGGCGAGCCGGGCGCGGUCUGCCUACGACAAGAUGCGGCAGGAUGGCGUGCAGCCCAACGCCCGCUUCUUCACUGAGCUCAUCCGCAUCUGCGGGCGGGCAGGCGACAUGGCGGCGGCGGAGGUGGCGUGGGCGGACGCCAAGGCGGCGGGCGUGGCACCAGACCUCAUCCUCUACUCUGCCAUGAUCGACACCUGCGGCAAGUGCAAGGACGCUGCGGCCGCCAUGCGCGUCUUUGGCGAGAUGAAGCGCAGCAGGGUGCGGCCCGAUGUCGUGUCCUACACAUCGCUGCUGACGGCGCUGGAGGGGACGGCGCAGGCCGCCCCGCUGGCCCGAGACGUGUGGCACUCCAUGCAGCGCGACGGCGUGCAGCCUAACGGCAUGGCCAUCGCCGCCUUUCUAGAGAUCCUGCUGCUAGAGGGAGAGAUAGAUGAGGCGCUGCAGACGCUGGCGGCAGCACGGCCGGGCAGCCGCGGCGGCCGCGCCCGCAGCCAGACGCGCUGGCAGCGCAAGACGGCACGCCUCGCCAGAGAGGCUGGCCUGGAGGAGGAGGCGGGCACAGAAGCAGCUGCGCUGGCAGCUGGGGAGAACGACGGCAGCGCCGGCCAGCUGGAAGGGCGUGUGGACUUGCCCAGGCUCUAUGAGCACUUCAUCUUUGCCAUGGCACACAAGGGGCAGUAUGCAGGCACGCCGGGCCGGCAGAUGGCACGCCACAUGCGCAGCCGUGGCCUGCAGCAGACGCUGGGCACCGCCUCGGCGCUGCUGACCGCGCAGGCGCUGCAGCACGGCCACGUCGCCGCCAAGUGGCUGCUGCAGCCGCCCGGCAUGGGCGCAGCCGGCAGCAGCUCCUCGGCAGCUGCCCCACUGCCGGACGACGCUGUGGAAAGCUGCCUGCUGGGCCGAGGAAGCCCCCAGGCCUGCAUGCAGAAGCUCCUGCAUAGCGGCGGCGGAGCCAGCAGCAGCAGCUGUAGCGGGAGCGCGGCGGAGGACGCAGCGGCAGCAGCCCUGAGGCCAGACCGAACGGUGGCUAACGUGGUGCUGGCAGGCCUGGCGGUACGGGGCUGUACCACUGAGGCGGUACAGCUGUUCGACUGGAUGAAGCAGCAGCCGGCGGCGCCGGAGCCGGCCGCCGCGGCCGCAGCCACAGGCAGCCGCGCGCGCCGGCGGCCGGCCCCUGUGUGCUCUCCAGACGCCUGGACGUGCCAGCUGCUGCUGUAUGCGGCGCUGAAUGCGCCCAAGGAGCAUCAGCUGGAACUGACCCUGAGGGCUGUCAAGGAAGCCAGGGAGCUUGCGGCAGCAGGCGGCGGCAAGAAGCGCAGCAGCGGCGGCGGCGGGAAGAGCAGCGGCGGUGUGGGCGGCACGGGCUGGGACCGGCGCACGCGCAGCGCCAUCCUUGCAGUCAUGCGGCAGUCUGGCCGGGCGCAGCAGCUGCUGGGGGUGGAGGUGGAUGGUGUGGCCGAGUUGAAAUUUUUCACUGUGAUUGUGUCAGUGGCCGUCAAUUGGGAGGGGGAUGGAGUGUGGGGACAGGAAGUGUGGCGCCGCCACCUGUGCCACGUCAGCGGCCGCCUCUGGCUGGCCAGCCACUCACGAUCAAUGGGCGAUCAAUGCGCGCUGAGUUGCGAUCGUACUUGGGACCUCAGUGAACAUCGCUCUGCCCUGUCUGCAGCUGCACGGUGCAACUUGAGCACACGUUUGAGGGGACGCAUGAUUGUGUAUCGCAAGACCUUCCUGGGCCUGCACCUGCUGUUCAGGCUGUACGGUUCCGCCAUCCUGCGCACCGCGGUGUGGGGCGCGCUGGCUGCCGCCCAGACGGGCCUGCUCUACGCCUUUGCGGACGACUAUGUGAGCCGCUUCUUCCAGGACGGGCGCAUUGUGGUGUACAGCCUCUUCGUGGCCCUCAUCUACGGUCGGUUCCACGAGGGCCGCACCAAGCUGCAGGCCAUGUCUUCUGCCUGGCUGGAUGCCUGUGUCAAGGCUCUGAGCUUUGACGGCAGCGACAAGCGCUUCAAGUCCCCAGACCAUGCUUCCUCCCGCUUCAGGCUGGACUGCGUGCACCUCUUCAGGCGAGACGCCGCCUGCUGGCUCGCCUGUCUUCCAACCAACCGCCAGUGUCAGCCAGGCACCCUCAUGCACGGCGUGGCCGUGCAGUUCCUGCGCAGCGACUGGCUGCUGGAGAACCUGGCUGAGCAUGACGAGAGCAAGCUGCCGCCCUGGGACGCCGCCAACAGCCCCCAUUACAAGCCGGACCUGGUGGAUUACUUUGUGCUGCGCAGCGUGUCGCACCGCCGCACGCGGCACAGCGCGGCGCACCCUAUCCCCGUGGUGGGCCUGCUGAGCUCAGAAGAAAGCGCCCACCUGCGCCUCAAGGUGGGCGCCGCGCCCGCCGCUGGCAAGUAUGUGCGUGGGGCAGCAGAGCGCAUCUAUAUUGUGUACUACUGGGUCCACGAGCGGUGCAGGCAGCGCAUCACCGAGGGCGGCCUGGACAUGCCCGCCCCCAUUCUGGCCACGCUCUACACCAGCCUGCAGAAGGGCAUAGAGUCGUUUGAGCAGUGCCGGUACCUCUGCGACACCCCCUUCCCCUUCACCUGGGCCCAGCUGCUGCUGGUCAUGCUGCUGGCGCUGCAGUUCACGGCCCCCUUUGUCAUCGUGUCCUCCGUGUCCGACAAGGCGCUGGGCAUCGUCUUCUCGGCCAUUGUGGUGCAGGCGUACUGGGCGCUGAACGAGGUGGCCCGGGAGCUGGAGGAUCCGUACUGCUUUGAGCCCAACGACAUCCCGCUGGCACGCCUGCAGUACCAGUUCAACGAACGAAUCCUGGCUACUGCCAACGCCCAGCUGCCAGGCAGCUGCCGGGAGGACUCCAAGUACCGGCUGUCGCUGGAGGAGGCAGUGCAGGCGGCGGCACGAGGCUCCCUGGGCGCCCCGGACGGCGACCAGUCGCUAGAUGCCAAGCUGGAGCAGAGGCCGCCGCCAGAUCAGCUGCCGCCUGUAUGA